AUGUUCUGUCACAGGACUUGCUGAGUACCCUCUCUGAAGUUUGGAAUGGGCCAACAAAUCUCCCACCAACAAACACCCUCCUCAAAAAACAUUGUAUACAUUAUGGAUUUAGAUCCACUUCCAGAUGACGUGCUACUUUUGAUCCUCAGCCAUGUGCCAGCAAGGGACUUAGUGCUCCACUGUAGGGGUGUGAGCAGUCGCUGGAAGUACCUGGUUGACUUGCCCACAAUCUGGAGAAGGAAAUUUGAGCAUAUGAACAGGACGGACAUCCUCAGAGCGGCUGAUAUGUGUCGCAACAUUCCCUGGCAGAGAAUUCAUGUAAAGCAGCCCUUCUCUAGGAACUUAGUGCUCAACCCUUGUGGUACAGAAAAACUGCAACAUUGGAACGUCAAAAAUGGAGGCGAUGGCUGGGCGGUGGAAAACAACUACUGUGCUUUAGAAGGUGCAGAGAGCCAGACCUGCUUUGUCACCUCCUAUGCGUGGUGUGAAAAGCACCAGGUAAUUGACCUUGUGAAGGAAGGGUUAUGGGAACAUUUCUUAGAUGUUCACCAACCAGCUAUCUGCAUCUCUGAUUGGUAUGCUGGGCGCCAGGACUGUGGCUGCGCAUAUGAUAUAAAGGUCCAACUGCUGGCUGUUGAUAAGGUAGCUGUGCUCCAAGAAUUUACCAAGAGACCAGAUCCUAUUCCCCAAUGGAAUGACACAACAUAUAAACAGGUCUCUCAUGAGUUCCGUGGGUAUGGACCCGGGGUGCGCUAUGUGAGGUUUAUACACAAAGGAAAGGAUUUGCAGUUCUGGAAAGGAUGGUACGGUGCCCGCAUCACCAACUCAUCCGUCACACUGAAGUGUAACAACAUUGAGCCAUGCUUCUCAUAAACCUGAAGAUUAUUCCCUUGUCGCUCAUCCUGGCUUCAGACAGAC